AUGUUGGAGCCAAUUUUGGAUGUUUUGUCCUCACAAAGAAUUAUCCUUGCGAGUAGUUCUCCUAGAAGAAGUGAAAUCCUUCGAAAAAUUGUAAGUUCUUAAGAUCCUAGGAUAGUUUUUGAUGAUUUAACAUCGUAAUAUUGUCACUGAUGUUAAACUGAUAAAAAAUGAUAUAGGGACUGAAGUUUGACGUGAUCCCAUCAAACUUUGAGGAAAACCUGGACAAAAGUGCUUUUAAGCACCCAUAUGAAUAUGUUUUGGAAAAUUCAAGGCAAAAGGCUCUUGAAGUAGCUGAUCGUACAAACGAGGUAAGGCUUAAUAUUAUUGUGGAUCGCAAAACUUAAAAGACUCUACCUUGGACGUUCUUGUUGUUGUUUCUUUUCUUCAAGUUUUCAAUUGAUUCGCUAGAAUUUAAUAUAGUCUUAUAAUUGAUCAUGCAUGACAUUAGCUGGUAAGAGAAUGCACUCUUGUAGCUGGUUGGGCUGGGAGAAUGUGACUCCAUUGAAUAUUGACAGCUCUAGUCGUCCAUAUGUGAGAGUCUGAUCAAGGCAUAACAGUUUUCACUUUUGCAUCUAAGAGACCUAAAGGGUUGAAAAUUUUAUUUAAGGGAACAAAAGGAAAACAGACUAUUUUACAGUUGUGCACUGAGUAUCUUGGCCUUGAGUGGAUGGAAGGCUGGAAAGUGACUAAAAGUUGGUUUGAUACAAACCUAACUUUUUUCCCCAAAAAUAUUAUAAAUCAGGCUCUCAAGCAUCUGAAUGCCACUUAAGUUUCUGUCAAACCAAAUUCACCACCAGCCUUGCUUCCAAUAAAAGGCUGAGCCACUUAGCACAAACAGUAAUGGGGCCUUUGCUGGUCAGUCUGCAGCAUGUUUCACCCUUGACCUUAGGCCAGUUUGCAUCGCGUGAGUGAGCAAAGAAGUCUUGGACUGGAACACGAUAGGCAAAUAAUUCCUCCAUCAACCUUGGUGGGUGAAAUCACAUACAAACUUCAUGGAUAUUACCAGGAACAGGGAUUGGGUUCUUUAGCUGAGGUGGUGGGUACACUGCACUUUGUAUGACAAUAAAAAUAAUGCAGUUUAUGAUAAUAUUUUUUACCAAUAAUUUUAUCAGGUUGACAAGGAUAACUUGGUCAUUGGAGCAGACACAGUGGUUGUAAGUAUAUUAAUUAAUUUUUUCUCUUAAUUAGUGAUGAUUUAACUGAAUGUCUGGUUUACAUGAGUGAAUUAUUUAACAACUUUUUACAGGUUUUGAAUGAAAAAAUUCUGGAAAAACCCAAAGACAAAGAGAAUGCUUAUGAAAUGUUAAAAAGGUGACCUGUGAUAUUUUUGCGUAUUUUUGUAUCUAAGGGUGCACAUGUAAGCCAGAACUAGCUGGCCAGAGUAGUUCAGUCAAAUUGAAAAUUCCACUAUUAGUCAGGUCUAUAGCCAGCCAGGUCAGUCUGUUCCUAAACAGUGCACUAAGCUUUGACAGGUUUUUAGCGAAAAUUUCAAAAUGAACAGUCCAUUGAGCCAUUCUGACUUGGCAACUGCCCUUUCGCCCCUAAAGAUGAUGAUGUACAGGACGAUUAGCGGCGAAGAUUUUUAGCACGGUACAGCGUUGCAAUGUUCGGACAAUGUCGUAACUAUUCAAAACAAUGUUGCAAGGCUGUGUUGGGCUAAAAAUCGUCACUGCAAAUCAUCUCGUAUCAUCAGUAUAAGUCUUGUUGCUUGUAGAGGGCUGUCAUUAUAAAGAUUUCAAAUUGCCUUGAGUAUAUGAAAUCAUUAAUAGGCAGGAAAUUGAACUGCUAGAGGGUUCUUUUGUUUUAAUGAUUUUGUUGCUUUUGUUUCCCAUGAAAGUACACAUGUAGCUUGGGUUCUUGCUUAUUCUAGCUGGGGAACAUUCUUGGCCCUCGGCCCUUUAUGACAGCCUUGCUCAGCCAUCCUGCAUAAAUAGGGGGCAUAUUGCCAUUUGUUGAUAUUCCUUAAGCUGUCUUGUUUUGACCAGUUGACCAAUCUCAAUGUGAAAAGUGAGUAGUUAACACCAAUGUUUAAUAUGAUAACAUCUAGGUAGUCAGACUAGUCAGAAGAUCCACAUAAUUAUACCUGUAAAACAAACUAAAACAUCUCAGUAUUUUGAUCAGUUGCACUAAAAUCAAUUUAAUAACUUGAAAACUGAGAAAUGUGUUCAAUUUAAAGGCCACAAUCAUAUUGUAAAUUCUGUGUAAGUUGUGACUUUAGAUAUAACUGGAUAUCAGUGUAUUUUAAUUAGAUUUUUGCUUGAAAAUGUAGUCUACAUGUAAUAUUAGAUUUGCUUUUGUUUGACUCAAAAUGAGAGUUAUUCUUUCUGCAUGACAACCAUAAACAAGUGUAGUUCCCUAAUAACUGAAACAUUCACAACAAAAACAGCAAUUUGUAAGACCCUCAACUAACUUUUUGUAACAAACAAACAUAUUUAUAGUUUGAGUGGCAGGGACCAUAAAGUGUUCAGUGGUGUUACCCUUGUGCAGAGAGACUGUAAAGGUUGGUUAAUGAAUUAUAUAGCAUAAUAAAUGGUUUAAAGUGAGCAUUUAUGGUACAUGUAUCAAAUACACAGCUGCAAUGACUCAGUGUCUGAACUUCUCAACUGCCUACUCCAGGUUUCAGAUUCCCAUGACUUUCUCAGCAAAUCCUCGCUUGCAAUCCAUUUCUGUUUCCAAAUUUUUUCUUUCACCUCUCUUGACCAUACAAUUACAGACCAUCAUGAUUGCCCCUGGCCUCUAAAGUCAACUAUAGUAAAUAACUCAUCGAUCCUCAUCUGUAUUGAAGAUUCUGCAAAGCUUUUUCACCUAUACCAGUAGAGGUUUCUGAAUUUAACGAGAGAUAACUUUUUCCAAUUGUAGAUUUAAAAGAUUCCAGAAUCACCCAGUUUUAUGAAGAAACGUUAGUAUCAUUUGGAGAGUUAACAGAUGAUGUCAUUCAUGGCUACAUUAAAACUGGAGAACCUAUGUAAGUUGUGGAUAAUCUACGAGUGCCAUUGUGUUAUGUCCUAAUAUCACGUCACACACAUAAUCUAUAAAUCUCUACAGUGAUGAUUCUGGUGAAAGGUUUUAAUAACUAUUUAGUAUUGUAGGGUGAAAACUGCUGACUAAAACUUUAAAGCCAGUCACAGCUAAUUACACUUAUGUUGGAAGGCCAAUGCAAUAUAGAUUGUAUUUAUCGCAUGGAAGCACAUGUAGGAGUUGGAAUGUCUUAAUACACUUUAGAUUCUCUCUCUCACCCCCCCCCCCAUUCCCACUUCCACUUCCAGUUCCAAGAGUACGUGUAGUUACUACUCCCCUUAGCGUUUGCUGUUUGUAGUCCUUCAAAAAAGUAUCGGCUUCUCUUGCAGUCGACAAUGUUUAUACCCAGCUGAUCAACCACCUGUAAAAUUCUAGAAGAUUUCUAUGAAUAUCAUUUUAAUUAACAUCAGAAAUUUGCUAUUUUUUUUUUCAGGGACAAAGCUGGAUCAUAUCCUUUUAUAAAAUGUGUGUUUUAUAGUCUGAUCUGAAGUACUAUUUAAGAGUCUGACCUUUGCUUUUACUCCCAAAAUUAGUAUACCAGUAAAAAUGUCUUAUUUCAAUUUCCUGAAAAGAACAAAUUAAUGGUACGAUAUGAAAGUUUGGCAAGCAAGGUUUCGUUGGAUUACAUGUGGUUACAAUAGAGGAUUUCAUCCACAGACUCCGUCAAAAUUAACUUAAGUAGGGAAAAGAUGCUUCUUGGAAGAUGAUCAAAUUAUUUCUUAUCUCAAACUCCUUUAAGGUUUGGCUCUCGUGUACAUUUGCUAGUACAGUAAAACCCUGCCUUACGACUACCUCAUUGUUACGACCAUAUUCUUUUGACCCAAACUAAAAAUCAGCGAGUCAUUUAAUUAUUUUAAAGACCGUGUUAAUGGGACCAUUUCAUUAUUACGAUCAGGAUUUUGACCCAACAGUGAUCGCACUAACAGGGUUCAACUGAAUUUUCUUACAGAUUUGUUCACUUGACUGUGUUUUUCCUUAACUUAACUUAUUUAUGGUAUCCAGGGUAUUGGUGGUACACUUGUCAAGUCUAUUCACGGCGACUACUUCAAUGUCAUGGGAUUUCCAUUGCAUCAUUUUUGUCUUCAAAUUAGAAAGUUGUACUCUGAUAAAAUCAGCUGA